AUGGCCAAUCCUAUUGAAGAAAUUUAUGGAGAGCAUUGCAUUCAGCAUAUCAAAUCUGUUGAUAAAUACGAUGAACCCAAGUUGGGAGAUUCUCGCGUGUUGUCACCAAGUGUUUGGAUCAAGUCGAAGAUGCACACAGUUGGUGAUUCCAUCGACUACAAGCAUAGUAAUGAUGUCACACCUGACUUUGGCAGCGACGGACACACGUAUCUUUUGCGAUAUCAAUUCAAUGAACUGGAUGAAUCGGAGAUGCUUGAUAACUUCUUCUUUAAGUCCACUGAAGACCGUAAUUUAUUUGAACAAGCGAACGUUGAAUGCGGUGUGGAAUACUUCCUUGCAACGAAAUCCUACGAUGAGCGAUUGCAUGAAUUAUGCAUGAUGAUUCAAAGUGAUUGGUUCUGCAACAACCACAACGUGUGGAAUCUCGCGGGAUUCUUUGCUCGUCAACCUCAUUCUGAUUUGUAUUUGAUGCGCACGACCUAUCUCUGUGUGCUCAAACAAAAAGUAGAGCGUUUCAACAAGGAGUUUGCUAUCAAAGAAUUCGAUGGUUGGUUUGAUUCCAAGUAUAAUCCAUCACUGAACGAAGGGAAACUGAAAGGGAUUGCUGCUGGUUGUCAUCCUGCUGCAUACAAGCAAUGGCAGGAUGAAUAUGAAGUCAAGGAGCCAAGGAAAACGUCUACUUCGAAGACGUUUGAGCUUUCUACACUUGAUCAAGAUUUCGAAUUGACAUUCAAGUCUGAGCGGAAGUUGGCAACACUAACUCAGCUGGUGGAAUUAACUGGCCAAACAAUUGAUGACAUGCGUUCAGCCAUGGUUGCUACAUCAUUUAAGAUCGAUGAGCUUGAGUAUUGGGCGGAGAAGUAUCUAGUGAUCGAGAACAAGCCCAAUCGUGACUUUGAUUUAAAUUUCAGAUCAGAUAUCACCUACUACAAGCGUUGGGUAACGGAGGACGAUAAUUCUGUGAUCAAGGCAUAUGAUCCAAAGAACUUCUUCAAGGUGCAAAUCGAGUUCAUUGAAAACAAGAAGCCACGUUCCACCAAGCUGCCUGACCUUCUCAAUACGGUUCCAUUCCACAAGUUUGCAAACACUGUCUGCAAAUGGGAACAUGAUCCAAAUGAUAUGGAGACAUUCAGCUUAGCGAAUCCACUACUGGCAAAGGAUCUUCACGAAGAAAUUACCGAAUCUGACUUGCACCCAGUAUUAGUAGAUUACCUGAAGCGUAUCAUUUGCUCCAAUCAUCCUGAGAGGUACCAGUGGUUGAUGGAGUAUAUCGGUAGCCUUUAUCACUAUCCAGACAGCAAGACGAAGGUUAUGCUCGUGUUAUAUUCACUGGAGAAACAGAUUGGCAAGUCGAACUUCUUCAAGCUCCUUACGAGUCUUCUUGGAACGGUAAAUACUCAUAUGACUCAGCAUGUUACCAAUGUCUUCGGAGAGCGUGGAUCGCCACAGCUUCGACAUAAAAAAUUGUGCUGGUUUGAGGAAAUUGCUGGUGAUAAGCACUCGUUUCGUAAUUGUCUUGAGCGAAUGAAGUCUGCAAUCACCGAUUCCGUGCAAUCUAGUCGAAAACUCUACCAUGAAGAAGAAGUACAUGGGAACAUCACUGAAUUAUUGGUGCUUCCAACAACUUAA